GACGAAGACAGCAGGCUGGCGUCCGACGGUGUAAAGUGGAGCAGUCAUUAGUCCGUCUCAGGUGGAGCCGCCGGCCAGACGGAAACUCUCACUGAGGCUGUCACAGGAUGAUCAUGAAGAUAACCUGAAGAUUUUUAGCUGCCAGCACCUGCUUCUGUGAGGGGGGGUUUAUGACUGCGGGUCACGAGAAGCCAUGAGUGAUUUCUGCUUGAUUUCUGUCCCGCUGGACAAGACCAGCUUAACCAGCGUUGAGAAACUCAAGAGGAGCAUAAAGAAAACCCACAUGGCCUCCUGCUGGAGGUUCACCAUCCCUGAUCUGAAGGUGGGAAUCCUCGACAGUCUCCUCAGCGUCUCUGAUCGUCUAUCCAAACUCGACAUGCUGACUGAAAGUGUGUUGAAGAAAACCUGCCAGUGUUUGAAGGAGGUGAUGGAGCCGCCCAGAGACAAAGCUCAGGAAAGCAUCUUGGUUAAUGGAGAGAACCUGAUGAACUACGUGACCAAGUUUCAGUGGGACAAAUCCAAGUACCCCACCGCUCUGCCCCUCUCCACCCUGGCAGACAUCAUCAACAAGGAAGUUUCACUGGUGGAGACGGAGUUACGAUCCCGAUCUGCAGCGUACGGCGGCGUGAAGGCCAGCCUGCAAAGCUUGGACAACCAGAAUGGGAAUUUGCAAACCCGCAGUCUGAACGGCAUCGUGAGCAAAGACGACCUGGUGGUUUCUGAGUAUUUAACAACUCUGCUGGUGGUGGUGAGCAGAGGAAGUUACCUGCGGUGGGAGAGAAGCUACGAGUCCUUUUCGGUGUUUGUGGUUCCUCGAUCAAGCAGGAAGCUGAUGGAGGACAGAGAAGGGGCGAUCUUUGCUGUGACCCUCUUCAAAAGAGCUGUAUGUGAUUUCAAAGCCAAAGCUCUGCAGAGCAAGUUCGUUGUGAGAGAGUACAGCUUUGAUGUGGAGGAGAAGAAGCAGCUGGAGAUCGUGAAGCUCAGCGUCCAGAAGAAGGAGCAGCACGGGAUCUUGGUGCGUUGGCUGAAGGUGAAUCUCACUCAGCUGUUCAUGGCCUGGAUUCACUUGAAAGCAUUAAGAGUCUUUGUUGAAUCGGUCCUCAGGUAUGGAUUACCUGUAAAUUAUCAGGCUUUUCUCUUAGAAACCGACAGGAAACGCUCAAAGAAACUGAAGGAAGAGCUCAACUCGCUGUUCGUGCAUCUGGACCCCACUGCAAGCACGAAAGAUGUGAGCUACGACAUCCCAGGUCUCUGCCAGCAGGACUACUCCUCCUACAUCUGCUUCCACAUCAGCACCAGCGUGCUGGAGAUCAGCGAGAAGCCAGACACGUGACCGACGAGCCUCGCCAGCCGCAGGCAGUCAGAACCAAAAGUAAACCAGUCAGAAAGAAUAACUAUUUGUAAAUAAC